AUGGCGGCCUCGCGGCGAGGGAGAGCUUCCUCCACGGUGCUCUCAUCACUCCCUCUUCAGAUGCUGCUCUAUCUGAGUGGAACGUACUAUGCCCUCUAUUUCCUAGCUACGCUCCUGCUGGCCGUAUAUAAAAGUCAGGUUUUCACUUAUCCUCACAGUUACCUGGUCCUCGACCUGACUCUGCUCUUUCUGAUGGGGAUUCUGGAAGCAAUUCGGUUAUACUUCGGCACCAAGGGCAACCUGAUGGAAGCCGAGGUACUGCUGGCCGCCAGCCUGGUCCUCACGGUGGGCGGUGCCCUGCUGUCCAUCUACUUCCUGCUCUGGCAGACCCUGGUGCUGUGGGCCGACUCGGCCCUCAGCGCCAUGCUCUUCGCGCUCCACGGCCUGGAGGCCGUCCUGCAGGCGGUGGCCAUCGCCGCCUUCGACAGCUAG